CCUGCUUGGAACAGAAAAGAACUUAAGAACAAAAUGUUGCUGGUGUAGAUUGAACAGUGUUACAUCCGAUCUUCUGAUUAAGUUAUUAUUACACACAACUCAAUGCAAACAAAGACCAAAAAAUGAUUAUUUCUCACUUAAUACAGUAUAUCCGUUUUCAUUUAUUCCGUUUAUUGACCUAAGCUUACAUAAAAGACGCAUGUAUAAACGGUUUAUAUCAGAGUUAUCGCAUAGAGCAUCAUCCAGGAUCAGCCCACGACAGAUAAUACCAAAAGAAUAAACAGAGCAACUGGGCUUCCAAGAUGUCUACAAACUUCUUUUACUACCGAUGUCCGUGUCCUUCCGCAGAUUGUAACGGAGCCAUUUGUAGAUACCAAGAUAUCGUUACCGCCCCGGUACCCAACCAAUAUUCCUCUCCAUCCUGCGCACAUUUCACGCAGGACAGGAAGCUUUUGUCGUAUCAAACGACUACUAAAGACAUAUCAAGCACAGCAGGGAAAUAUGAGUCCAUGUCAAGCCCAAUGACGAUCACGCGGGAUAACUUUCGUUGGACGCCAUACCCCAGCCAAAGCAGAUUAACCCAAGAAAGUUCUACACCGCCCAAAACCGCUACAGAAAGACCUCAUAGCAGUACUCCGACACAACAGACAAACCAGAAGACGCCGAGCCGCAGAACACGCCGUGUACGCACCGCCUUCACGCCAUUUCAGCUUCUUUGCCUGGAGACAUCGUUUGAAAAGAACCACUACGUUGUUGGCUCAGAGAGAAAGCAGCUGGCGUCGUAUCUCAAGCUAAGCGAAACACAAGUCAAGGUGUGGUUUCAGAACAGGCGGACCAAAUGGAAAAGGCAAGCGCUGGAGAACCGUGCAGACCUCAAUAAGGAUCCUCUUACGCCUUGAGAGAGACUUACAGAGCUCAGAACUAUAAAGAAAAACUGCAGCAUGAACUAUUUAACCCGUGAUGUUUUAGACUUUUCAUCGCCGUUUUAAACUUUUAAAGGACCUUAUUCACGGUAUUUUGAGUUAAAACCUGAAAACAGUAG